GAAACAUCCAUCAGUGAUCAUUCGACUCGAGAAACGCUUACAGAACAAGAAGUUCCAUUUAAUUUGUUUGCCUUACUGGAGCCCGGAAUUCAGAAGAUGGCCGGUUAUCUUGGUAUUCUACUGAUUGCAGUCAUUUUGACGGGCAGUGUUCUGAGGGAAACCCAAGCGGUUUGCUGCCAUCCCAUUUUAAACGGAGGAGGAUACUGCAAGGAUUGUACAAAAUUAAAGUGAGAUUGGUGGGUGGUUCUCAUGCUGGUGAGGGGAGAGUGGAGGUGUACCAUAAUGGUGAAUGGGGCACUGCCUGUGAUGACGGCUGGGAUGUCAACGAUGCCCGUGUGGUCUGCAGAAUGCUCGGUUACAAAACUACGUAUUCCGUAUUCUUUUCUGGCUCUCAUUUCGGUCGAGGUACUGGUUCCAUUCUAAUCAAUAACGUCACUUGCUCUGGGAACGAAUCAUCUAUCCAAGAUUGCGGACACAACGGUUGGAGGUCACAUGACUGUGAUCACACUGAGGAUGCUGGUGUCAGAUGUGUUGCAGCAGGACCUGUUGAAGUGAGAUUGGUGGGUGGUACUCGUGCCGGUGAGGGAAGAGUUGAGGUGUUCCACAACGGUAAAUGGGGCACUGUCUGUGAUGACGGCUGGGAUGACAUCGAUGCCCGUGUGGUCUGCAGAAUGCUUGAUUACAAACCCACGUAUUCCGUAUCAUUUUCCGGCUCUCAUUUCGGUCGAGGUACUGGUUCCAUUCUAAUGGAUAACGUCGCCUGCUCUGGGAACGAAUCAUCUAUCCAAGAUUGCGGACACAACGGUUGGAGGUCACACGACUGUGAUCACUUUAAGGAUGCUGGUGUCAGAUGUGUUGCAGCAGGGCCUGUUGAAGUGAGAUUGGUGGGUGGUGCUCAUGCCGGUGAGGGAAGAGUAGAGGUGUUUUACAACGGUGAAUGGGGCACUGCCAAUGAUGACGGCUGGGAUAACAACGAUGCCCGUGUGGUCUGCAAAGUACCAAAGUAAUCUGUGAGGACGCAGGAGGGAUGAUUGCUACUCUUACCAACGGUAAAUCACCGAUUUACUUGACUCCGCUACUUCGAGCAAAAUCACCACGAAAAGACAAAUUAGACUACGUUCGCCCUCUUAUUAAAACAAAGAAUGUAAAAAUUUGAUGUCGGUCAAAGAAGAGGCCUAGGCUACGUGCUUCAUGGUUUAUUAGAUAGGCCUAUUCAUCGGAUUUUAGUUCAUUAUUAUAGCUUCACCUCGCGAGACCCCUUUUAAAUAUAUUUAAAACACAGCACCCCACGGGUUUCGCGAUCAUGAAGAAAGGGAGUGUAGCAAAGAACCUCAUUAAUGGUCGUAAUAAUUGGUGGUUGCGUUGUAGGCCUAACCUUGUUCAUUUUAGUUGACAGACUAAGCUAGAAGAAAGAACAGAUCAUUAUCGCCUCUCUUUACUUAGGAACAAUAACUGGCUAGUGGCAGCAUUUAUAAGUUCUUUUAUUUAGAAACUUCCGAUCCUUUGUCUGGGACUGCCGUUCAACGCCGUUUAAAUGACGUUCGAGAAACGACGAUAACGACAGAGACGUCCUCGAACAUUUUUGGACUCAGUGAAAAUAAAAAAAAAAUCCGUUAAGAAGUAGUCUUUUAAUGUCCUGGCAAAUAACUUUGCGAUGGCUCAGAGAGUUCUAGAAUGAAUGACAAGAAACGACAUUAGGGUUAAUAAUAGACUAAAACUAUCAGAGUGUAGGCCUGUCUUACUUCAUUUCUAAGACCAUCUUGUGAUACGAGUCAUGCUACACUACAAUAGAGGGGGUAGCAGUGGAUGAUUUAAUACAGGGAUACCAUCGAAAGUUUAUCAAUAGAAA